CUCGAUUAAGAGGGAUGUGUAUUAGGGUCCAGCUUUUUUUUUUUACACGCCCCUCUCGCUCUGACGCAGAGCAGGAUACACUCUGCGCGCUGCAGUUCAAUCAGGCUGCACUGACACACACUUGGUUGACUGACUUGUGACGGCCAACAAUGCAGACCGGACCACAAAAGUUUGAAAUCUUAUCUUUGCGCACGAGGCUGGCGGCGAGGGCUCUCGGGAGUGACAGCGGCAUGGAUCAGGCUACAAGUGUUGGUUCCUCUGCAUCCCUGUGGAAAGUCAUUUGAGUCAGGAGACAUGAACAGCCUCGCUGCGAUGCCACAGGAGAUCGUUUAGUCUUUCCUGACUGGAGCUCUAAAGGUUUACAACUGGAGUAUUAAUUAAGAUCUAUCUCUUGGAUAAUCACCCACACUGCGGAGUCACUUUUGGAGAUCUGAGUUACGCACGGGAUUCCUGAAACAAAUGACAGCUUCUAAGUGGUUUACUGCUCCCUCACUUCAUCCCCUGAGCUCCCUGCAUCGCACCGAUCACUCCCGUCACCAGGAGUAAAAGCCCCUCUGUCUCUUUCCAGCGUGCGGCCGCGGGCCACCUGGCCGAGGAUGUGCGGAGGAGGUUUCCAGAUGUCUGUCACCGCGAUUGUGACUCUCCUCCUGGUUAUUAUCGACGUGAAGGCCAGCGGGGAGUACUGCCACGGCUGGCACGACUCCCAGGGCGCCUGGAAGGAAGGGUUCCAGUGCCCGGAGAAGAUCGACGGGGAGGACGCGAUCAUCUGCUGCGGGAAAUGCGAGCUGCGCUACUGCUGCUCCAGCACCGAGGCUCGGCUGGAUCAAGGGAGCUGCGAUAACGACCGGCAGGCUCAGGAGCCCGGGACAGAGAGCAAAGAGAACAAGGACUCCGGUGCAGUGCCCAUCUAUGUGCCGUUCCUGAUCGUGGGCUCGGUGUUUGUAGCUUUCAUCCUGGUGGGCUCUGUGGUCGCUGUGUGCUGCUGCCGCUGUCUCCGGCCCAAACAGGAACCAUCGUCAGGAGGUGCGUCAGGAGGAGGGGGGGCCGGCAGUGGUCGCCUCUUGGAAACUAUCCCUAUGAUGGCCAGUGUGGGGACCUCCAGGGGUUCAUCGUCCCGCCAGUCCAGUACUGCCACCUCGUCCAGCUCCUCUGCCCCACCUGCUGCCCCCCGCCCUGCUCCCCCUCCCCUCAUGCGGGCUCAGGCCUCCUGCUGCCUGCCCCCUGAUGCCAGCGUCUUCGUCAACAUGCCCACUAACUUCUCCGUACUCAACUGCCAGCAGGCCACGCAAAUCAUGCCUCACCAGGGACAGUUUCUCCACCCGCAGUACAUCGGCUAUGCCCACCCUGUGUCCGCAGCCCAAGCCUUCCUGGACCCUCAGGGAGGAUACAGACCCAUCCAGUCUCCAUGCCCUCCUCCCAACGCUGGGUCCAGUGUCACCAGUGACCAGAAAUUCCCUGCAGUGACUGUAUGAUGAGGGGCCAACCUGCAGACCACUCUAUUUAACCUGUGAGGGCUGCGCCAGAGACCUUUAGGAGACGCUGCCAGAGUGGAAAAAGAAAGGCAGGGAGUCAGACUCACAUGAAGGACUCAUAAAGCUGUUGCUGGCUGCAGGGCCUGCCUUGCUAUUGUGUGUGGUGUGUGUCUGUUUAGUGUGUCAUAUGAUGCCUUGGCGAGUUGGAAUGAGCUAAGCUCAACCUGUGACGGACGCAUAAACAAUUUUCUGUCUUGAUACAAAGACAAAACUGCAUAUAGGAGGGUUAUAAAGCCCAGAUGGGUGAUCAUGCACAUCUCACUGCAGCCUGCAGCUCAAAUAAAGUCUGUGCAUGUGUUUGUGUUUGCAUGUGUGUGUAUGUGAGAGUGAGAAAAAGAUUUGUUGGCUUAUAUGUGCUGGAAUGAGUGAUGACUGGAUGAUUUAUAGCAGCGAACUGUAUGAAAAGUGGAUAUUCAAGCAAAAAAAUAAAAUUAUGACCACAUGCUGUGUUUAUGCCAUGUGCACAUCUGCACUUGUGAAUUGUUGA